AUGCUGCGUUUGGGCUCCCCCACCAGUGCACAGCAUCUUUGGGUGGUUGCGGUGGUGGUGGUGGUGGUGUUUCGUAGGGCUAGGUACAUGUACGGAAGGAGGUUGGUUGGUGAUCAGGCAACAAGACGUGCCUUUUUCGAGAAAUGGCCAAGCGUCUUUGUGUCUGACUGCAGGAUGUGGGAUUUAGACAAGCACGUCCGCGGCAAAGCAAUGAUUGACAGCCAAGACUCGACGUUAAACGGCCGCCUAGGUAUCGUCUCCUUGCUCUACCGAAGGGCUGGGCCCACGGAUGAUCCCAUUGUUGGGUAA